AUGGGAUUGUGUUCGUCGAAAUCAAGUGCUAGGACGAGUAAAGUAGCACUUGUCUUGCCACCAACUGUAAGUGCAAAUCAAAAGGAACGAAAUGUGGUUUUGAAUGUUGUUGAGACCAUGUACAUGGACCGAGACGUCGAAGUGUCUAUGACCAAGUCGGAUGAUGAGAAGUCCCUGCAGAAUGGCGAUUUUGAGGGAACAAAAGCGAAGGUCAAAGUAGUUGAAUGUGAGGCAGACAACGUGCUACUGCGUAGUCCAGACAGCGUUGUCAACAAGUUUUUGAUUAAUGGAUCACGUCGAAAUGUUUGUUAUAAUGCUGAUGAUCUCCCGAUUUCUUCAACGUAUCACCGCGUCCAUAGUGUCGAAAUGGCUGAACAGGAAGAGAAAUGGCGUAGAGAAUUGAAGCUUGAGAAAGCACAACGAGAAGAGGAAGGGCGCAGUGGGAUUCGUAUUGGACUUGUUGCUGCUCUCGUACAACAUCCACUCGUGGUUACCACAGCACUCAUGACCAAAGAUCCUACAUUGUUGUUGUCAAAUGAGCGACCACGUGGUAGUUUUUUUCAUUUAAAUGUGAUCAACUGA